GAGAAGGGAUCGCUGACCCGCUACCGCCGCCGCUCCAGCGCCGCUGCUUCAGUCGCCGGAAAUAGAACUGCCGCUAGAACACCACUGUCUGCCGCCACCGCCGUUCGCCGUAGGAACUGACUGCUGCCACGAGCCGGAGGCCGCUGGGUAGCCGCUGCUUUGCUGCCGAGUUGGCCGAUAUCUUCUUGAGAAUUUGAUUUGUCUAAUUCGUCAAUAAAUUGAGGUAACAGGAACGAUGAAUAAUGAGACAGUCUUGGAGGCAGCGAGGGCGAAGAGAUAGAUGGAUGCUACCUGGAGGAGUUAUCUAAUUUAAUAUUUAAGUUUGAAUUAUUAUAUUCUUAAGGGCAAGAACCCAAAGUUGUAUUCUGAUCAAUGAGUCGUCAAUUUCAUAUGGUGCUACACGCUGUAAUGAAGAUAGGCAAGUACUACAUUAAGCAAGUUGACUCAACUAUAAGCUAUGCUAGAGAUAAUAGAUGGAAAUGGAAAGGUGAUAUUAGCACUAAUGUCUUAGCCACUUGUGAUCCCAGUCUCCACUUCAAUUAUGUUUUGCCUGGUUGGGAGGGAUCUACUUCCGAUCCUCGCAUCCUCGGGGAUGCCCUUCGAAGGCCUAUUGGUCUAAGAGUUCCAAGAACAUCUGCCAUGGGGAAGAUCAAGAUCGGAAUCAACGGAUUUGGAAGGAUCGGUCGUUUGGUCGCCAGGGUAGCUCUUCAGAGCGAUGACGUUGAGCUUGUUGCCGUCAACGAUCCGUUCAUCAGCACUGAUUACAUGACAUACAUGUUCAAGUACGAUACUGUGCACGGGAAAUGGAAAAACCAUGAAUUGAAGGUCCAUGACGAAAAGACCCUUCUAUUUGGAGAGAAGGCUGUUAAAGUCUUCGGAUUGAGGAACCCGGAAGAGAUUCCAUGGGCUGAAGCUGGUGCUGAGUUUGUGGUUGAAUCUACUGGAGUGUUCACUGAUAAGGAUAAGGCUGCUGCUCACUUGAAGGGUGGUGCUAAAAAGGUUGUGAUAUCUGCUCCUAGCAAAGAUGCUCCCAUGUUUGUUGUGGGAGUAAAUGAGAAGGAAUACAAGCCAGAGCUGAACAUUGUUUCCAAUGCGAGCUGCACUACUAACUGUCUUGCUCCCUUGGCAAAGGUCAUCCAUGACAGGUUUGGCAUUGUUGAGGGUCUCAUGACCACUGUCCACUCCAUCACUGCUACUCAGAAGACUGUUGACGGUCCAUCCAUGAAAGACUGGAGAGGUGGAAGAGCUGCAUCAUUCAACAUCAUCCCUAGCAGCACUGGGGCAGCCAAGGCUGUUGGAAAGGUUCUGCCAGCUCUUAAUGGAAAACUGACUGGAAUGUCCUUCAGAGUUCCCACUGUGGAUGUUUCUGUUGUAGACCUCACUGUUAGAAUUGAGAAAAAGGCCACCUAUGAUGAUGUCAAGGCUGCCAUCAAGGAGGAGUCAGAGGGUAGCCUCAAGGGUAUUCUCGGCUACACAGAAGAAGACGUAGUGUCAUCCGACUUUGUUGGUGAUUCCAGGUCCAGCAUCUUUGAUGCCAAGGCCGGGAUAGCGUUGAACAAUAACUUCCUUAAGUUUGUUGCCUGGUAUGACAACGAAUGGGGUUACAGUUCACGAGUGAUCGAUUUGAUUCGCCACAUGCAUUCUGUGGCUCAGUAAGGCGGUCGGGGCUUUGGACGCAGUUGUUGCUCAGCCGCCCCGGAGCUCUUUCAGUUUUCUUGGCAUAUUAUGUAAUGAAUAAACAAGACAAGGGUCUUUACUCUUUUAGCUACUCUGUAGUUUUAUGGUAUGUUUUGGUUCGCAGUUUAUUUGUUUUUAUUGUGGAAAAUAGAAAGAGACUUUGUUUAGUUCUUCAGUGUGGUGUAGAGUUCUUUCUAAUAUAAAAGCAAAAUGUCUUUGGACUUGGGACAAAUACUUGUUCUAUAAAUGAUUAUAUUCUGUCGAACAUUCACUACAGAACUACUCUUUUGAAAAGAAAAAUUACUUCACUAG